AUGAGCGGGAGGAUGGUCUCCCAUCGCCUGACUCCGCUAAUGCGGAGAGGCUUGUUGGCUCGACACGCGCAGUUUUAUGGAAAUCGCACAGGGGGACUUUUGCGGGUGGAUAAUGUCGCCAUUCGAGGCCGCGCAUGGCCGGUCGGAGCCAGCUCGAUUCAUAAUAAUGUUUUGGUGGUGAGGAACAUCUCGUUUGCGAGGAUCCUCCCGCGGCUUGCGAUCAAGCUCGCUCGUAUCCCUGCCAUGUUUGGAGGGGCUAUGAUUGCAGGCAUCGCGUAUUUGCAGUACCAAGCGACACAGGCGGGAAACUAUGCUUUGGACAUAUUCAAACAGGCGGGCGAAACGGCCAGUGGCGCUGCUUCAGGCUUAUUUCAAAACUUACAGGAUAUCGCCUCUCAAACCAAUCGCGGAUGGCAGAAGACGAAAGACGAGACGGAGUUUCCGGAAUGGGUGCAAAAGAUGUUUCGCAUGAACGACGAAGCCGACUCUAGGAAUAAUAACGGAGGCGGCGGUAAACCACCAAACGAGAGCAAGGUGGGCGCUGCAGCGGCUGGAGCUGCGGCCGGAAGCGCCUAUGCAUACGACGAGACGGACGAUGACGAGUCGAAAUCGCGAAAGGGCGCCGACGAGGACCAGAUGAUGGUUUUGACGCGGAAAAUGAUCGAGAUACGAAAUAUUCUGAACCAAGUCGGGCAGUCCAACACUCUGACUCUGCCUUCAAUUGUCGUGAUUGGAUCACAGUCUUCCGGCAAGAGCUCUGUUCUAGAAGCUAUUGUUGGACAUGAAUUCUUGCCAAAAGGAUCGAACAUGGUCACUCGCCGCCCGAUAGAGCUUACACUGGUUAAUACACCGAAUGCUCAGGCCGAGUACGGAGAGUUCCCUGCGCUUGGGCUGGGCAAAGUUACAGACUUUUCACAAAUUCAACGCACGUUGACUGAUCUCAACCUGGCAGUGUCCAGCAAGGACUGUGUCUCGGAUGAUCCGAUUCAACUACACAUUUACUCGCCGCACGUCCCUGAUCUUUCGCUCAUUGACUUGCCCGGUUAUAUUCAGGUUGCCGGCGCUGACCAACCACCGGAACUGAAACAGAAAAUCUCGGAUCUCUGCGACAAAUACAUUCAAGCACCUAAUAUCAUCCUUGCCAUCUCUGCCGCCGAUGUCGACCUUGCCAACUCUACAGCUCUUCGGGCCAGCCGCCGCGUCGACCCCCGUGGAGAACGGACCAUUGGCGUUAUUACGAAGAUGGAUUUGGUUGAUCCCACACGGGGAUUCAGCGUUUUGACAGACAGUAAAUACCCGCUACGUCUAGGAUACGUUGGAGUUGUCUCUCGAGUGCCGCAUACGGCGACGCUUUUCUCUCGCGGAAGCGGCAACAUCACCAAUGCUAUUGUCAAGAACGAAGUGGCGUACUUUUCAGCGCACCCCGGCGAGUUUGGGCCCAGUGCGGAUGUGUCUGUCGGAGUGCCUACUCUUCGCAAGAAGCUGAUGACUGUUCUUGAACAAACGAUGGCACGCAGUCUCGCUGGUACGAGGGAUGCCAUUAGCCAGGAACUCGAAGAAGCCACAUACGAGUUUAAAGUGCAGUACAACGACCGGCCUCUCAGUGCCGAGUCCUAUUUGGCCGAAAGCCUGGACAGUUUCAAGCAUUCCUUCAAGGCCUUUGCAGAGAAUUUCGGGCGCCCCCAGGUACGAGAAUUGUUGAAACAGGAACUCGAUCAACGGGUCAUGGACAUUCUUGCGCAACGAUACUGGAACAAGCCUAUUGAGGAUCUCACGCCUCCUCUUGCGGAGCCAGACCCGUUAAGCGAGCUCCCCAAGGCUGAUGCUGAGAAUCUGUAUUGGCACCGCAAGCUCGACGCAUCCACGUCUAAUCUCACAAAGCUGGGUGUAGGCCGGGUGGCAACGACAGUGGUUGCGUCGGCUAUACAACAACAUGUCGAACGCCUUGUCGCUCAGUCUACGUUUGCAACUCACCCGUACGCGCAAAACGCCAUCAUGGAGGCGUGCAAUGGGAUUCUCAACGACCGGUUUUUCAGUACUAGCGACCAGGUAGAGAACUGCAUCAAGCCGUACAAAUUCGAGAUUGAGGUCGAAGAUAGCGAAUGGGCCAAGGGCCGCGAGAACGUAGGAAAGGUGUUGAAAGAAGAACUGGCCGCGUGCGACGCAGCUUACAGGCGAGUGGAAGACGGGGUUGGAAAGCGCAAGCUCAAGGAUGUGAUGAGUUUUGUCGACCGAGUCCGCAAGGGCGAUGUUGUACUAGAGGGCAACGGCUCUGGGGGGGCUGGGGGGUUCAGUUCAGCAUUGUUAUCAAGGGCCCGAGAGGGAAUAUUCCUCCGCGACCGCGCAGACACGAUCAGAAUGCGCCUUUUGGCGACACGAUCCAAGCAAUGCUCCAACAUGAAAAACAAAUACUACUGCCCAGAGAUCUUCCUCGACGUAGUCGCCGACAAACUCACCUCAACCGCCGUGCUCUUCCUCAACGUCGAGCUCCUAUCCGAAUUCUACUACAACUUCCCGCGCGAACUCGACUCGCGGCUGGGCCGGCACCUGUCGGACUCGGAAGUCGAGCGGUUCGCGCGCGAGGACGGGCGCGUGCGCAAGCAUUUGGAUAUUAUCAGGAAGAAGGAGACGCUGGAGCUGGCGCUGCAGAAGAUUGAGAGUCUGCGGCAGCUGGAAGGUAGCCGGCCACGCAGUGGUAGUAGUAGUACUUCGCAUGCGGAGUCUGCAGGGCGAGAGGGGGGUGCGAGACGAUGGGGGUUAUUUUGA